AUGGCUAGUGUACAGUCUGGAAUUCCAUUCCGUCAGCGUAAAAAGACUGGUAUAACAGAUGUUAAAAGGAAAUCAAAUUUAGAGAAUGAAAAUCUUACAAAUAUUAAACCACAAAAAAGACGCCUUUCAAAAACCUUAAAGGCUUAUGACAAUGACUGUACACCAAACAAAGUUGGCAGAUUGAACAGUAUUACUAAUGAAUUAAACCAGAGCUUGGAAGAUGACACAUUACUUGAAAAGCCAAUUUCACCUUUGAAGAGGUUGACUAGCCGAGAGAAAGAAAUCAAAUUUCUUGAGGACUUUUUGAUAGAUCAUCUUGACAAUGAGAAAUCUGCAUCAUUAUAUAUAUCAGGACAGCCUGGUACUGGGAAGACAGCCUCUUUGUCAUAUAUUUUACAAUUAGACAAGAUCAAGCAAGGGUUCAAACAAGUAUAUAUCAACUGUACUAUGAUGAAGUCAGCUUCAAGUAUUUACACACGGAUAUGUAAUGAGCUUCAUAUAAAGACUUCGGGGACAUCAGAGAAAGCGUGUUUGACGGCUAUUGAAAAGUAUUUUAACAAAAAACAUAAAAUGAUCCUCCUAGUACUAGACGAAAUAGAUCAACUAGACAGUAAGAGGCAAUCUGUAUUAUACACAAUAUUUGAGUGGCCGGCUCAGGACUAUGGGAUAGUGCUUGUGGGUGUUGCGAAUGCCCUAGACUUAACCGAGAGAACAUUGCCUCGGUUACAAGCCAGGUGCUCUUUGAGGCCACAAACAUUGCACUUUGCUCCGUACACAAAGGAGCAGAUAAUCAAUAUUUUCACCGAAGUCUUGGCUAGUGAGGAUCGGACUAAUGUGUUUUCGGGUCCGGCUUUGCAGUUGUUAGCAGCUAAAAUUGCAGCCGUAUCGGGCGACAUGAGACGAGCUUUAGACAUCGGUCGACGGGUCGUAGAACUCGCCAGACGAAAUAAAUUUGGAGAAAGUAAAUCUGUUGACGCCAUGUUAAGUGAUUCCACGGUUACUGUUGAACUAAAGCAAGUGUUACAAGUACUCAAUGAUGUCUAUGGAGGUUCGAGUAAAAUUAACACAGAGGUUGGAGACCAAAUGCCAAUGCAACAGAAGUUAAUACUCUGCAGCAUCAUCAUGCUGAAGGGCAAGAAUAAAGAAAUCUUGCUUGGGAAGCUGCAUGAUGUUUAUAAAAAGGUGGCCACAUCUCGCAACAUAGCCUCAUUGGAUCUCAGUGAGUUGUGUAGUGCCUGUGGGUUAUUGGAAUCGCGUGGGGCUUUACGAAUCAUCGGAACUGGUGGGGCAAGAUCCCGAAAACUUAGACUUAACUGGGACGAGACCGAGUUAACCGCAGCUCUCGCUGAUAAACCUCUUAUGGCAGCUAUAUUGGCGGAUAAGACUCAUUUCUCGUAG